AGUAGGGGCGCAGCACUCUUACUGGGAAACAGGCAAUGCUCCUUAGUUGCGUCUCUACUGAGCAGCAGAUUGGUUGCAUCACAGAUACCUGGAGAGCCGAGCACCGGCAGUGCGGGGGAAGAAGCGGCUGAGCACAACCUGCUACACUAGAAUCAGAAGCUGUGCGUUUAGUGGAAAAACAAGUUGACCAAAAAGAAGCUGAAAAGAUUAUCAGGUUGAGAAAAGUUGAGGUGGAAACAGGGCAGGUGAGACGGACUGGGGUUGCCAAAUGCGACUGGAAAAAGGUCAAGCAAAGACAUAGGGACAACUUUUCAAGAAAUGACUGAUACUCUUAACGGGAUUCCCCUUCAGGACAUUGAAAUCAAGUCAUCUUUCACAUCUCCAUUCACUUCUUCGCUGGACUCUGUCAUACUCAAAUUACUCGGCUCAGCUGUGUGAUUUGGGUUGGAUGUAAUUUGUUUUUCACCUUUUUUUCGGCUCUGGAAUCAGUGGAGACCUGGAGGACACGGCGCUCGGUCCUGUCACCUCUGAGACUAUGUUAGACUGUGUGUCAGGGAGAUCUUCAUCAGCAGCUGCAGCCCUCGAGCAUGGAGAAGUCCAGCAGUGAGGAGUCAGCUAUUCAUCGUAGCCCUUCAGUAGAAAGCUGUGACUCUGAUUUUCCUCAAGCGUCCACGUCUGGCCGCCCAUUCGGUGGCCGCGGCUUCACUGCCGGUGCUUUCUACGGCUCCACGGGGCCUCGUAAAAACACACAGCAGGGUCAGGCUGCAACAGCGGCGGCUGAGACCGGCACAGGAGACAAGAGCAACAACAAGUACAGCUCACCCAAAGGGAGCAAAUACGUGGUCUUUUACCUGGAUCUAUCCUUUGUGUUCCUUUUAGAAUUCAAGAAGUUUAACAUGGCAAGAGGCUGCCUCUGCUGUUUGAAGUAUUUGAUGUUCAUCUUCAACCUCAUCUUCUGGUUAUGCGGCUGUGGGCUGCUCGGCGUGGGCAUCUGGCUCUCCGUGUCUCAGGGCAGCUUCGCCACCUUCUCGCCCUCGUUCCCCUCACUGUCAGCUGCCAACAUGGUCAUUGCCAUCGGCGCCAUCGUCAUGGUAACGGGCUUUCUCGGUUGCCUGGGUGCCAUCAAAGAGAACAAGUGCCUGCUUCUGAGUUUUUUCAUCGUGCUGCUGAUAAUUCUCCUGACAGAGCUGAUUUUACUCAUCCUGUUCUUUGUGUACUCAGAUAAGGUGAGUGAGAAUGCUAAACAAGAUCUGAAGGACGGGCUGGCUCUGUACAACUCAGAAAACAACAUUGGCCUGAGAAAUGCUUGGAACAUCAUCCAGGCAGAGUGGAAGUGCUGCGGCGUUAUAGCCUACACGGACUGGCACGAAGCCCUGAAAGAGAAGGUCGUUCCUGACCGCUGCUGCCAGGAGCAUUACCAGAACUGUGGGCGCAACUCCACCACCAUGUUCUGGAACCGGGGCUGCUUUGAGAAAGUCGAGGAAUGGCUUGAUGACAACAAGCACCUGCUGGGAACCAUAGGCAUGGUCAUCUUGGUAGUGCAGCUUCUGGGAAUGGCGUUCUCCAUGACACUCUUCCAUCACAUCCACAGAACGGGGAAGAAGUAUGACGCCUAGCCUGUGGAGAAGAGGAACCUCAAUUCCUGAUGGGAUGGAACUCUGAAUAAAUGUACCCCCUCCCCACCCAUCAACACCGCUGCCACUACUUUACAAUCAUCCUUUGACUGUUCCCAGACUUUGUGUGCCGAUUCUACGUGUCGCCGGUCAUUUUUGCCAAAGAGUAAGACAACUGGAAGAUGAGAAGGGACGAGUCAUUUGCCACCCAGGAGAAUCCUGCUGGUUGUCACUCCUUCAUUUUUUUCUUUUGGCUUGGAUUUACAAUCCGCACACCGGCACAAAGACAUUUAAGACUUUUGCUAACACAUCCCACUUCUUGGGGAAGAGAACAUCAUAUGCCUUCCCACCUAUUUCUUGUGGAGUAAUAGUCUUUCCUUUAUGCUUAAAAAAACAAACACCCAUUUUCCUUUGUAAAUGGAGAAAAAAAAAUCCAAGACGGCAUGCUAGUUUUCUACUUCACCGACUUACCUUUAAGUCCUUUUUCAUCCAUUUUGUUUCCCAGUAUACUUUUGUAUGUGCGUAAUACUCCUGUUGAAUGUUAGUACAACGUUGUGUGUUGGAUUUGAGGUGAGGAGCAUAGACAUGUCAGGAUGGUGUUUAUUAUGAUCCAUGAGACAUAUAUUUUCCCUUUGACUAGCAUUUUGGCUCAAGUGAGUGUUAUUGAAGGAAGUUAUUAAAGGCAGAGGAAUCAUUUUGUACUACAUUGCGCUUUAUUCUUUGGAUAAGGGAACAAAUCAGUCUGGGCCAAAACACACACACUCACACACUGUGCUGCCACACCAGCAUCAACACAAUUCCCACUGAGACAAUAUAAAUUGUGUAAAAUGCCUGUUUAUUAAAGCUCCACCAGGACUGUCAAGAGUAAGAUCCUAUGUGAUGAAAUUCCCCCUUCGAGAGUACAUACACACUAAAUUGUGCUGUUUGUGUGUGUUUUAUCACAUUGUUCCACACUGCAAAGGGCAUAAAAGCACAAAGAAUCAUGGGCACUCAGAGCAAAAACAGUAUUCAAGCCGAAAUCAUAAAUUGUGUUCGUGGAGGCGGCAAAAGGUUUCGGUUUCUUCGUUCAUAAUCCCCUGCAACACAUUUGUCCUCCCCUCAUCAUCUUCUUCUUGUCUGGAGGUAAACUCCAAAAACAUUCAAGAAAGGAAGGGAAGGAAAAAGAAAACUCAAAUUAUGUGUGAGCAAAUGUUUAAAAUCCCCAUUGGAACCAAAAAGUAACUGUUGAGACUAUUAGCAACCACUGCCAUACUUGUGUAAUCAUCAAGUAGAACAAAUAAAUCAUUGUUCUGAACAAAUCCAACAAAAGAGGGGAUUUCCCCUGACGAGACGAAUCCCUACUUUUUGACGAAUGAUGUUCCUGGGCAUGCCACACCUCCAUUUUUUCCACCACUCCUAUCCCCGUGUUUGUGCUUCCGGCAGCCAGAGGAUAGUUUGGUGGGAGGAUAGACCGAUCAAAGCUAAAACAGAUAGCUAAGGCCACCCGGCCUCAAGGAAACAUCUAUUUGGGACUGUUUAUCACAUAUUCCCAAGAAGCUUUCACAUCAGUCUGGCUCCUGAAAGACUGGACACAUUGGGACUUGCUUCUUUCUAUAUGUCUGCUGUGGUAACUUCAAGGGAUUUGGCCUCAGGUGGGAAGCACAUGAAACAUCAUUCCAUCUCCAGCGAACCCUUUUCAUUUGUCAGUAUGGAAUUAUUUAUUUCAGUAAUCAUUUAAUAACAUUGUUUCACUUAAACUUGGCCAAAUCUUUGUAAAUUCAUGGAUAUUAUUAAAAUAUUAAUAUUCUGUCUUUGCAUUUUGUCAUACUACUGUCCCAAUAAUUACAUCGAAUUAUAUUGUUUUGUUAGUUUUUACAGCGUUGGUAUAAAGUUUCAUGAAAACACUGUAAUAAAUAUGAACAACUCUCACCAACAGCCAUACAUAACCUCGAUGUUCUCUCAUGUCCUUUAUCAAAUUAAGAGGCCAUAUUUCUCAAGAGGACAUGCAUGAAUGCAUAAAAAUAAUGAGGAAAGAGUUGAACUCAAAUGGAUUUUUCUUUGCAAAAUCUUUCAACUGAUGUUCACUUUUUUUCUUGUUUGGGCAAUUAAUUUUUAAACUUCAGCGAUGUAAAUUUGUAAUCUUUGCAAGUAUAAAUAUAUUUUCCAAGAAGGGUGAAAUAAUUUCAUGUGCAGUUUGCCAGUCCACUUAUAUAUCACAACUAAAUUGAAUUCAGGGCAGCUAACACGCAAGACAUUUUGUUUUUUUGUCCACCUACUGUAUGCAUAGCAAUUUUUAGAUUUACAUAUUUAGUAGGGGUUACUCUUUGUCUCGUCUCAUUGUGCAAUGUGAGUACAGGCUGCUGAACAAAUAAUUGAAAUGUCAUUGCUUUAAACCUCUUAGCAUCUUUAAGAAUCUUUUAUGGCUUUGAUUCCACAUUUUUCUAAACUGAUACACAGCUUGUGUUUUACACAGUGGUGGAUUAAGUACUCACUUUUUUUUUACUUAAGUAAAGGUACAAAUACAGGUGCAAAAAAAUUAAGUACAAGUGUAAGCAUAAGAGUAUAAGAAAAAAAAGUGAAAAAACAAAAGUACUUGCUUUAAAAUUUACAAGUAAAAACUAAAAGUAUUUUCUACCGAUGCAAAAAUUUAAGUAUAUCUUUUCAUGGGACAACUCUGACAAAAUGACACUUUGACACAAUGAAAAGUAGUCUGUGUGCAGCUUAUAUUAUAGAGUUAAUUUAUUUUCCCCACCUGUCUCAUCAGACCAUAGGACAUGAUUCCAGUAAUCCAUGUCUUCAGCAAACUGUUUGCGGGCUUUCUUGUGUACCGUCUUCAGAAGAGGGUUCCUCCUGGGGUGACAGCCAUGCACACCAAUUUGAUGUAGAGUGUCGCGUAUGGUCCGAGCACUAACAGGCUGACCCCCCACCUCUUCAAUCUAUGCAGCACUGCUGACAGCACUCAUGUAAUUAGUCACAUGACAUUUUGGAGGGAAAAUGACAAGCAGUACUUAAUUUGGACAUUUAGGGAUGUUCGUAGUUUCUAAGGGGUGUACUCAGUUUUGUUGCCAGGGGUUUAGAUAUUAAUGGCUAUAUUUUGAGUUAUUUUGAGGGGCGAAUAAAUUAACUCUAUUAUAUAAGCUGCACACAGACUACUUAUCAAAGUGUCCUUUUGUCAGUGUUGUCCCAUGAAAUUAUAUACAGUAUUUAAAUAUCUGCAGAAAUGCGAGGGGUGUACUCACUUUUCUGAUACACUGUAUACAGUAUGUACAUUCAUAUGUAUACAGUAUAUACAGUGGGGAAAAUAAGUAUUUAGUCAACCACCAACUCCUACUUGAAAAUAUUAGAGAGGCCUGUAAUUGUCAACAUGGGUAAACCUCAACCAUGAGAGACAGAAUGUGAAGAAGAAAAAAAACAGAAAAUCACAUUGUUUGAUUUUUAAAGAAUUUAUUUCCAAAUUAGAGUGGUAAUAAGUAUAUGUUCACCUACAAACAAGCAAGAUUUCUGGCUGUCAAAGAGGUCUAACUUCUUCUAACGAGGUCUAACGAGGCUCCACUCGUUACCUGUAUUAAUGGCACCUGUCUUAAUUCAUUAUCGGUAUAAAAGACACCUGUCCACAAUCUCAGUCACUCACACUUCAAACUCCACUAUGGCCAAGACCAAGGAGCUGUCGAAGGACACCAGAGACAAAAUUGUAGACCUGCACCAGGCUGGGAAGACUGACUCUGCAAUAGGCAAAACACUUGGUGGAUCCCGUGGCGUCAAAAUGAUUACAAGAACGGUGAGCAAAAAUCCCAGAACCACACAGGGGGACCUAGUGAAUGACCUACAGAGAGCUGGGACCACAGUUACAAAGGCUACUAUCAGUAACACAGUGCGCCGCCAGGGACUCAAAUCCUGCACUGCCAGACGUGUCCCCCUGCUGAAGCCAAUACACGUCCAGGCCCGUCUGCGGUUCGCUAGAGAGCAUUUGGAUGAUCCAGAAGAGGACUGGGAGAAUGUGUUAUGGUCAGAUGAAACCAAAAUAGAACUUUUUGGUAGAAACACAGGUUUUCGUGUUUGGAGGAGAAAGAAUACUGAAUUGCAUCCGAAGAACACCAUACCCACUGUGAAGCAUGGGGGUGGAAACAUCAUGCUUUGGGGCUGUUUUUCUGCAAAGGGACCAGGACGACUGAUCUGUGUAAAGGAAAGAAUGAAUGGGGCCAUGUAUCGAGAGAUUUUGAGUGAAAAUCUCCUUCCAUCAGCAAGGGCAUUGAAGAUGAGACGUGGCUGAGUCUUUCAGCAUGACAAUGAUCCCAAACACACAGCCAGGGCAACAAAGGAGAGGUUUCGUAAGAAGCAUUUCAAGGUCCUGGAGUGGCCUAGCCAGUCUCGAGAUCUUAACCCCAUAGAAAAUCUGUGGAGGGAGUUGAAAGACCGUGUUGUCCAAUGACAGCCCCAAAACAUCACUGCUCUAGAGGAGAUCUGCAUGGAAGAAUAGGCCAAAAUACCAGCAACAGUGUGUGAAAAGCUUGCGAAGAGUUACAGUAAAUGUUUGACAUCCGUUAUUGCCAACAAAGGGUACAUAACAAAGUAUCGAGAUGAACUUUUGGUAUUGACCAAAUACCUAUUUUCCACCAUGAUUUGCAAAUAAAUUCUUUAAAAAUCAAACAAUGUGAUUUUCUGGGGGGGGGUUUUCACAUUCUGUCUCUCGUGGUUGAGGUUUACCCAUGUUGACAAUUACAGGCCUCUCUAAUAUUUUCAAGUGGGAGAUUAUGCACAAUUAGUGGUUGACUAAAUACUUAUUUGCCCCACUGUAUAUGCAUACAGAGACAAUAUUCACCGAAAGAACCAUAGAAUUUAUUGAUUGCUCAGUUUUGUUUAAAACUGUGCGGAAUGGAAAAAAACAAGCAAUAAAAUUGACUGUACUGCAAACAGAAGUUUAACAAGCUCAAAAACUCAAAAACCAAGCUUAAUGGCAGAUUGUAAGCAACUAUCAGGUGCAUACCGCCACCCACUUUACAAGAGUGUGGUGGUUUUUCAUGGGCAAUAUAAUGUUCACCUGCCUAAUCUUGCUUGUACUCGUCUUGCUGCCUCUUGUGCUCAGUUACAGCAUAGUUGCACAGGGCUUAUCGAUUGCGCCGGAGGCAUGAAAAUGAAACUAUCAAUCACAAUGAGGAAAUAGGAAAACAAACAAAAUUAACGUAUAUCCUAGGCAACAGUUUGAAACGUAGUGGAGUAAAAAGUACAGAUACCUGCUGAAAUUGUAGUGAAGUAAAAGUAAAAAGAAACACUUCAUAUUUGUACUCAAGUAAAGUACAGAUACACAAAAAUGUACUAUGUACAGUAUCGAAGAACCGUAAUUUUCGCACUAUAACGCGCACCUGACUAUUAGCCGCCACCCACCAAAUGUGACACGAAAACGGCAUUUGGUCAUAGAUAAGCCGCACUGGACUAUAAGCCGCAGCUGUUCUCACUGUAUUAUGGAUUUAUUUACACCAAAAGAUAUUAACCGGUAACACUUUAUUUUACAGCAGCAUCAUACGACUGUUGCAAGACCAAAUGAACCCCAAUGAAGCUGUGAACCAAUUGGCUGAAAAGCUUCAUUGCUUCAAGAAGCUUCAUUUGGCCAUCACUGCUCCCUUGAGGUAGACAUUCAACCUUUGCUGCCACCUGCUGUCAACACUGUUGGCAUCCAACAUGCCUCCUAGCAUGCAUUGCAGCACUACAAAUGUAAAUAACAAUCAAAAUUCAUAUUCUCUGCUAAUUAUUUCUUCAGUUACUGUUCCAGGUUUGUUUCAUUAAUUGCUAAUUAUGAUAUUUUGUAACAAUGUAUUUGACAGUGGCGCAAGUAGACUGUUGUAGGACCAUCAUAAUUAUGACAUGACACUGCCGUGACCAUUAUUAAAUUUUUAUGACAGAUAUCCUUUUGAGUCAUCUGGCAAAUUAUCUCACUUUUCAAUGGCUUUAAAAGAUCUGAGCUGGACAAAAAUGGAGUUAGUGACAUAAUUUGCCAGAUGACAGGUAAUGAGAUCUGUCAUAUGCAUUCAUUAAUGCCAAUGAUAGUGUCAUGUCAGAAUUAUGACGGUCUUGUGGCAGCCUUAGGACGCCACUGUCAAAUAAAGUGAUAUCUAUUAACCCAAAUAAAUCAACAAAUAAGCCGCACUGGACUAUUAACUGCCGGAUUGAAAAUGGGGGGGGAAAUGUAGCGCCUUAUAGUCCGAAAAUUACUGUACUUUUACUUCAUUACAUUCCACCACUGGUUUUCCAUGAGAAAACAUAUCAGACCAAUAUAUACUUCUUUCAUUUCCCCUCCUAUCCAAUUUUUAGUUUACAUACAUUAAAGGACUUGUUUUUGAAGGACACUAUUUGAAAAGAGAGGUCUUGGCAAGGAAUUAGACUGACAUGCAGUGACCCCACUGGCCCCGAUUUACUCCAUAUGCUCCAACCCGACAGGUGCUGUCCAUAGCGUGGAACAUGACAGUUGUUGAUAUACAGCACUGGUACGAGUGGGCACGACUCCUCCGCUCGGCCGCUCGCACAAAGGCACUGGCAGACGGGCGGCCUACACACAGUAGAAAGGCUGCUCUGGGAGUCGACCCGAACCCCGGAGGGAUUAAAUAGGCAACAUCUGUGACCGUUCAGUUAGUCAGAUGGCACACUGGCCUGACUGGGGGCAAAAUGUUGAAUGCAUAUUACAGUGUUGUCCAGCCAUCCAUUUUCGAUUCUACCUACAGGGCCAAAAGGCAGGUAGAACAUAAAGUACAAAGCUCAUGCAGGAAGGCUGAGAGUUGAACCCACAACCUUAAGAUUAUGAGGCAGAGCUGUGGUUCCUAGUCAUUGUGCGCAAUGAAAUUAUAAGUGCAAUAGUGAAGUUAAAGGAAAAAAAAAAAAAAAAACAAGCUCUUUAGCAUUGGCACACUUGACGGACAAGCUUGAACGCUGGAUAUGUGAAAUUCUCAUCUCAGCGUGAACUCCCUCUCAACUCUUCACAUCUUUACAGCUUUGUAAAUGCUCCUUUCGCACUCCAACUAUGAAUGUUGUUUCAACAAAAGCUGUUCCAUACUGUUAUUUUUGUACAUUGGCUGUCGCUGUUUAACUGUUUGUUAAUAUUUCCCUACCGCCUUUUUCUCCCCUUAGAUGAUCCACAGUGAGAACAUGACAUGAUUUAAUGUUUGUUUGCUAAGGGAUUAGUCAAAUGCAAUGUUCUUGCAUGAGUACAAUUGGUGCUCUCUCUUAGCACAGUGACAGGAACUAAAGACAAUUAAUUCUGAGUUCAUAAAGGUAGAAAUUUGUCAUGUAGCAUUGGUUAAAUCCUGCAAACGAUAUUCAUUAAAUUUCACACUUGUCAACACACUCCUUCAUAUUAAUAUCUAGUUUCAUGAAAUAAAAUUGUCAGUGCGUGACGCUCCAUUAGGAGUAAUUUUGACUUCAUUAAUCACCUUUUUACAUUUGCACGACAAGUGAUGAUUGCCAAACAGAAGUAGAUGCAAGAAAUAUGGGCCUACCUUUUACUCUUUUAAAAAAAUACAUAAAAUUCCUCUACGCACUCACACAAACCAUUACACUCAUGCAUUUAAUCAUUGUUGAAAUGUCAACCCAUACACAAAGACACUUAAUUGGACAGCAACAAUUAAAAGUUAAAUCGUGAUCAUAACUCUUACUAUUGUGUCAGAGUGUAAUAUUUUAGUGUGAUAAAAUGACAAGAACUGUAAGAUUUCAAGAGAUAGAAAAAUAUUUAAACAAUUUCAGCUUUAUGUUUCAUAUUCCUCAUAAUUUUGUCAGGGCAGAGUAGGUGAAGCCAAUGCGGACCAAAGUGUGACCAGGAAGGCUUCCUCCAGAAGCAGAUGGAGAGCAUAGGGAUUUUUAUUAAACAAUGACAAGGUAUUUGGCAGCUGGCAGGGGUGAUGGGUCAGUCACUGCUGUGGUAGGUGGCUUCUUCUAAACAGCCGGCUUUGAGGGCUUUGCCGGUUGGGUGUCCUGAGGGCAAAAACAGAAAUAAGGACACUGGGUCACUUUCGUAAGUGGUUUAAAUCCGAUCUGGGCCACAUUUUUCCAGAAUGUGGCUGUGGUCUGAACUGUCAAGUUUCCCAAAUUGGGAUUUAUGUAGCAAUUACAUCAGCAAAAACCAAGAGUGGCAGGCAGCAAUGUAGCUGUGCAUUAGCAUUAGCACCUAGCUUAAACUCGGCUUUUACGCAGAAGGCGGGCUUGACCACAGUCAUGAAAAAAUAAAAUGAGGAAAAGGAUAAGCCUGAUAAUGCUAUGUUUUAUUUCUGUGCGCCAAAUGUGCAAUAUUUUAGUAUUGCUUAUAUGGCAGAGUCGGAGCAAACUGUGCGUGCGUUAGUUCUAUGCAAUCCAUAUAAACUUUGAAUAUAAGACGAAACUGGUAUUAUUAAUGUCUGUUAUUUGUGUCGUCUUUUUGGAAAGCAAAAUAUGAUCACCCUGGAAUGAUGCCCAGCCAGCAUGUGUACUCAUUUGCUUUUCAAUUCAAUUAAUUUUUAUUUGUAUAGCCUUAUAUCACAACAAGGUUGUCUCCCAGAGCUUUACAGAGUCAAUUUGAUACACAGUCAGAUAUAGUAGAUGAAUGAGAUGAGUUCAUGUCCUGGGCAUCCCCCAUCCUUAGACCCUCCAUGGCGGCAAGGAAAACCCAGUGGGAAAAGAGAAACCUUGGGGAGAACCACAGUCUGGAGAGAUCCACUCACAGGACAGGCAGACUAUAGAUGCACCAGGACUGAUGAUGGGUGUUAGCAGAAGGAGUUCCACUUUGUAGAGAUGCAAUGGGGUGAGGGAACAUGAGGGUUCCAUCUAGCCAGAUGUCAGGAUAGUCAGGCGGCUGCGGCUGCGGCUGAUAAAAAUAGCCCCUCCCCGGGUGACUAGUGAUGAAGAGACUAAACAACUAGAUAUUAGAAUUAGAAAAGAGAAAUAAAGUAAAGACAAGUGGUAGGUAGAGUAGAAGACAGGGAUUACAUUAUUAAAUGUGGAUUAAAUGUAAUUAGUUUUACUUUUUGGGCUCAUACUUGAACUAGAGUGUGAUCUUUCUGCCACUUCUCCACCUCGGUCAGUGCUUCUCGCUGUGUGAAAGUUCAAGUAACUUCGAGGUGUGAAUUCAUUAAGUCUUACAAAGUCAUCCUGCUGAAGCCAAGUUUCAGUCAGGGCCAAAAUAUGAAUAUUAUAAUCCCCAAUUAUGUCAUUUGCUUUGAUGCUUCUGCACAUGCGGGUCAUCUUGCUCAUUGCGUGUCAGACUGCGAAUUAGUGCGCAUACGUAAUACUUGAAUGGGCUCAGUGGACAAAGGCAGUCUGAACAGGCACGCCAAAAAAACAGAUAGCACAAAAAAUCGUAAUUGUGCAUGACCUGCAGUAUGAACCUAGCCAAAAAGUCAAAAAAGGCUUAGGACCGAUGUACUGCUUGUAACUACCAGAAUCAUCUGGCACCUGCCUGCUGCUCAGGCCACUCCUUAAAAGCAAUGUGCACUGCGAGGACUGUCACACCACCCAGACUGCCAAGACUGAACUAAUGUCACAUGUUAAAGCAGGUAGUGUUACAAAAGUAAAAGUAGAGGAGAGUCUGGGCAAGGACCACCACUUCACUUCACACACACACAUCCAUUGUUCUAAUAUAAUCACAUUAUUCUAGAAUACACCGACAUCUAUCAGAAUGGUGCAAAAGAUGUUUCCUGUACUCAUUGGCUGCCAUUGACGGUGAUAUCUAUCCAUAGCUAUCUAUUUUGACUCUAACUUUCAAUAACAGUGAAUGGGUUUUAACAAUGUCUGAUAAGAUCAGGAAUCUGACUAAAGAAUGUAAAUAACAAAGUAUUAUAACUCCUUACAGGAAGAGCGGCAUUAAAUUUCCUGCUAACUCCACAUUAACACUGAGACGUUCUGUUAGUGUAAUUAUAGAACACUCAAUUCUCUAUUACCGCCAUGACGUUUUUUUUUUUUUUUUUUUUUUGUACAGUUGUCAUUUCAUGUACUAUAUUGUUUCUUUGAACCUACUGAACGCCUCUAGGUACGAUGCUUUGAGAUUUUUCAUGUUAAAACACAAAACGAGCCACUCUAAUUUUUCAUUUCCUCAAGUGUGACAGCUGUUUUUUUUUUAUUCUCAAACAUAGGAGCAGUGUACAUUUAAAUACUUUUUUUUUUUUCUUAAUAACUUGUAACUUUUUCUUGGAAAGAAAAGGUAGUAUUUUCGGGGAAACGCCCACUAAGAGUCGGCGGAAGAACGCUCAUGCAGUAAUUGGCUUUUGUCUGCUGUGGAGAAUUUUCAGAUAAUUGUUUUUCAUGUUUGUUUUUUUCUACCUUUGACACAUGAUUUCUUUAAUCUCCUAAUUCUCCGACCCCCCUGUGCUUCUGCUGAAUAUCUUGAGUUGUGUGCUCUAAAAAUGGUGUGCUUGAUGUUGUGUUCUAAUGGCUGGCCCUAUCUGAUACCUGCCAGCUUUGUUUGUCCUGUGGAGUUCAUUUUUUUCUGCUACAUGUGAAAGAAAAAAGUAGUCUGAAUAAGUGGUAGACCGAACUUGGCUUUCUUGGAAGAAAAAAAAACAACAACUAUAGUAUAUUUUUAAAUAAAGAAAAGAGAGUCCCAAAAUGUCCCAAUGCCACACACUUAUUAUUAUUUUGAUUAGACAUGUUCACUGUAUAUUGUAUAGCAGAGCUAACUGAAAGAUGUACACUCGAUGUUUCUAUUUUUUUCAAGAAAGUGUUUCAUUUAAAUAACAUUUGAACAUGGUACAGCAGUUUCCAUGAGGAGCCUGUGACAAAAUUACUAUUUAAAAAAUAACGUUAAUGACUUUGAAAAAAAAAACUGAGUACAGAGUAGUAGUCAGUGAGGAAGAUAAGGAAAUUAAAGAACAAAAACAGAAACAAGUGUGGCAAUGUGUUUUUGUAAGCAGCUUGAUCCCACUUGAAACCAAUUGUUCUUAAGUCCCAUGUGUGAUUAUGAGUGGAGUUUAUUGUGGCUUUUCAACCUUUUUUUUCACCACUGUUCCUUCUAUGCAAAAAAUAUAGAAUAUAUAAAUAUAUACAUGACCUUUAGCCUUUGUACAGAUUAUUUUCUAUGAGUAACGUCAUCAAAUAAAGUGAACCAAAUCAAAUGUGAAAGCAGUGAAUUUUUUGGUGCGUGUGAUCUAAUAUAAAUUGCAUUCUUGGAAUAAGUAAUAAACAGCAAAAUGAAUAAACUCCGGGAGAAUGGCAUGUUUAUUAAAAUUGGUAUCAGCUGCAGACCGGCUGUGACAUCACAACUUGCGUUGUUUACACCACAUUUGAGUAAGCCUGCUUUUUAAAAAUGUAUCGGUCGGAACUGCAACUGUGUCAGGCUGUCAGCAUCAAAGGAAUGUCCAAUCCAUUUUGACUGGUUCGUUCAUUCCCCCUUCCGAGUCAAAGUGGAUUGGACAUCUAACACCGCGUGGUGUUGAAACGUGAGGAUUCACAGCCAGUCCUUCGUUUUGAUCAAUUGUAUGUCUAUCGUUGUCAAUGGCAUGCAGUGAGUUAAAUACUGUGAAAUAAUAUUUUUUUUAAAUGUCAAUUUUAGUAUUACUUGUGGCCGUAAUCCGUGUGUAUAUCUGUUUAUAUUCAUUGUAAUUUAAUUUAAAUUCCCAUGUCAUAAAUUAAAACUGUUGACACCAUAAGGACACUCAGAUUUAUAUUCUCCAUGUCUAAGCAGCUAAACUGGACAGGUAAAAAUAAAUAAAUACA